CAUGCACGAUAAGGUGGCUCAGAGGUGUAACAAGAAUUACGAAGCCAAUUAUGAUAGGAUUAAAAAAUGGGUUCACCGCUGAGAUUUGCUCUGCUUUAAAAAUCACGAUGUCCUCACAGGAAGAAAGGGUAUUCGUGGACGUAACAUGAGGUUUGACAAUGAAGCCCCACAGCAAGCGCACGAUGAAGGCAUUAAUUCUGCUGUCCGGGUUAACUAUUGCCUCAGCAUCCCUCAUUUCUACUGGAGUCUCAAUGAAGCUAGAUGAUUUCUACUACUUCGUCUCUCCAUUCUCACAGGGAAAAGCGUACGACGGUUCAUAUGAUUGGUCGUACAAUUUCAGGGGCUCAUUCGGACUUGUUCCUGUGUCCGUAGUCGCCAAUUACGAAGAUAGCCUCCAAACCCCGGACGACCUAUUCGCGGAAUGGUCCAGGAAAGAUGAUGUUUGGCAGCCUGGGUUUGCCGAGAUUCUCCUAGUCGGAUCUAGCAACUACCAGCAAUUCAAGAGCAUCAAUAUCAGUGCCAACGCCGAAUCCACCAUAUUGCCAUUGUCAAAUCACAGCAAUAUUGCAUCUGGUCCUUACUUCCUAGACUUAUCUACUGGCGAGUUACAUCAAGCGCUGAGGCUCUAUAAUGACUUCUCGGGAGCUUUUACACAGUCUCUACUGCAGAAACCAACAGGGGACUUCCAGAUCCUGUCAGCACAAGUUCCCGCGGCAGGGACCUUAACGAUCGGGGUCCCAUCUCGCCUUUACUUUUCACCCUCGGAGGAAAAACCUCUCGCUGGUGUUCGUGUCGCUGUCAAAGAUAUUUAUUCUUUGGCUGGUGUUCGGAGCUCAUAUGGUAGCCGAGCUUACUAUGGGCUCUAUCCGCCUGCUAACGAAACUGGCACUGCUAUACAGAACUUAAUUGACGCCGGCGCAAUUAUUGUUGGUACACAGAAACCAUCGCAAUUCGCUAACGGAGAGGUCGCAACAUCUGACUGGGUUGACUUUCACGCGCCGUUUAACCCUCGUGGUGACGGGUACCAGGACACUGCAUCGUCGUCUGCCGGCGCGGGCUCAUCCGAAGCAUCGUAUGAAUGGCUCGAUCUUGCUGUCGGAAGCGAUACGGGGGGUUCCGUUCGUGGACCUGCUGGUGUUCAAGGACUAUUUGGAAAUCGCCCUACGCAUGAUCUAGUAAGCCUUGAUCACGUUAUGCCCCUUUCUCCAGCAAUGGAUACCUCGGGAUUUUUGGCUCGUGAUCCAUAUCUAUUGGACGUCGCAAGUAAAGCCCUUUACAAGGAUAAUUACACCUCUUACGCGGAUCGGGGGUUCCAGUACCCUAAGAAGAUAUAUGUUCUUGAUUUUCCGACGACAAACACCUCAUCAGCACAGCUCAUACAUACAUUCUCUCGAAACCUAGCGUCUUAUCUCAAUACAUCAAUUACGCCGUUGAGUCUCGAUGAUGCUUGGCAAGCCAGCGCGCCCGAUGAGUAUAAUACGCGGAACAUCUCCGAAUUUUUAAAUUUAACAUACAGCACUUUGAUCACCAAGGACCAGACUAGGCUUCUUCGGGAUCCCUUUUAUAAAGAUUAUGCCUCCGUCCACGACGGUCGCCUACCUUUUAUAGAUCCGGUGCCUCUUAUGCGCUGGGCUUGGGGAGACGCUCUACCAGGCGGCGCCUACGAGGAAGCGGUGAAUAACAAGGCAGUCUUCUCGGAUUGGAUCAAUAGCCAGAUUCUUCCUCCGGCUUCUAAUACAUCCACUUGCUCCUCCGCCAUACUUCUACAUACUGAUAGCACGGGCUACUUCUCCGCUCGCGAUACCUAUCUUUCUCCCCCUUCCGCGCCAUUGGGUUUCUCUAAUGGAGAAAUAUCCAUAUUCAGCGGUGCUCCUGAUACUGUAUUCCCCAUCGGAGAAGUCCCGUCAUUUAGUUCAAUUACGAAUCAUACUGAGUAUUUGCCGGUAACUAUCGAUGUUAUGGUUGCAAGGGGAUGCGAUGGCAUGCUGAACAAAUUAGCUCAGGAUCUGGUGAAGGCUGGUAUUAUUAGUAUCCCGAAAACUGGUUCUACACUUCACGGAGGAGAAAUCCUAGCAAGACGAUGGUAAUAGACAUGUUAUUUAGCUAUGUCAUCACUAUUGUCAUAGCCUAUGCCGUAAGGAAUAUACAUCCUAUGUAAGGAUUUUUUUCUAGGGUCACUAAUAAAUAUUUAUUUUAUUGACUUCCUUCACUAUAAACGGAACACUAUAAACGGAAGUAGUGUGCCUUAUUUUUUAGGGUUGAAUGGGAUCGUCGUCGUGUGUUACUUGAGGGUUG